UUCAAACAACAACCUUCGACUUUCCCCGACUAGCCUCUACCAGAUACCGUCUGCCUCAUCUCUUUGCACCACUCCGUCACCUCCACCAUCGUCUCAAUGGCUGCUCAGGUUCAGACUCCCUCUAAGAAGGCUGCUGCCGACAUGGCCGGUCUCAGCAUGGACUCGCCUUCGAAGCUCGACUUCAACGGUACCCUCGAGUGGACCAAUGACGAGGUCGCCCGUCCCAUCGUCGGCAUUCCCGACCUGCCCGACGAGCCCGUGGAUGACGACGAGAAGCACCCCAGUGUUGCUGCCACCAUCCGGAAGGAGGAGGCCCACGAGCCCCUCCUGCAGGAGAACCCGCACCGCUUUGUGCUCUUCCCCAUCAAGUACCACGAGAUCUGGCAGAUGUACAAGAAGGCUGAGGCGUCUUUCUGGACGGCCGAGGAGAUUGAUCUCUCCAAAGACCUUCACGACUGGAACAAGCGCCUGAACGACGACGAGCGCUUCUUCAUUUCCCACGUGCUCGCUUUCUUCGCCGCGUCGGACGGUAUCGUCAACGAGAACCUGGUCGAGCGUUUCAGCUCCGAGGUUCAGAUCCCCGAAGCUCGCUGCUUCUACGGCUUCCAGAUCAUGAUGGAGAACAUCCACUCCGAGACUUACUCUCUGCUCAUUGACACCUACAUCAGCGAGCCUAAGCAGCGCAACUACCUUUUCAACGCCAUUGACAACAUCCCUUGCAUUAAGAAGAAGGCCGACUGGGCCCUGCGCUGGAUCUGCGACAAGAACUCGACCUUUGCGUCGCGUCUGAUCGCCUUCGCCGCCGUCGAGGGUAUCUUCUUCAGCGGCUCGUUCGCGUCCAUCUUCUGGCUCAAGAAGCGCGGCCUGAUGCCCGGCCUUACCUUUUCCAACGAGCUCAUCUCCCGUGACGAGGGCAUGCACACCGACUUCGCGUGCCUGCUGUUCUCGCACAUCAAGACCAAGCCCUCGCCCGCGGCCGUCGAGAAGAUCAUCUGCGAGGCCGUCGAGAUCGAGCAGGAGUUCCUGUCGGACGCGUUGCCCGUCGCGCUGCUGGGCAUGAACGCCAAGCUCAUGUGCCAGUACAUCGAGUUCGUCGCCGACCGCCUGCUGCUCGCCCUCGGCAACAAGAGGUACUACAACGCCACCAACCCGUUCGACUUCAUGGAGAACAUCUCCCUGGCCGGCAAGACCAACUUCUUUGAGAAGCGUGUCGGCGACUACCAGAAGGCCGGCGUCAUGGAGAAGACGAACAAGAAGGCCGAGACGCCCACGGGCGCCCCCGCCGUCGUCAACGGUGACUUCGCCUUUGACGAGGACUUCUAGGCGCAUCACCGCGUGACGUCGUGUCCUUUGUCUUUUCCAAUCUUUUUUCUCUGUACUUGAUAUCCGUCGCUUUCUCUUCCAUCAUCACGACGGCAUGCGACGGUAAUGGACUGUCAUGCCAUUCAACUCUUCUCAACCAAAGAGGACAUGUAUUCAUAGGCGUUAAAGGGACUGAGUAGUUUGGGUUAAGCCACUCUUGGAGUACUGUUUUUUUCAGAUAAUGAACGUCAACACGUAGAUACCAAUUCACGCAUAACACU